AACUUCUUGUGGUUGGGAGAAACAUUUCCCAACGUCACUUUUGGAGAGGGUUUUCCUAAUGAAGCAGAAGCCCCAGCCCUGUCCCAUCCCUGUGUAGUUUGGGUGAUACUGUGAGAGGAUCUCCAGUUCCUGCCUCUCCUGCUCCCACCCCCUGUCCCUCCUAUGGAAAUCCUUGUGGCCAGGGCUGGGGGCAGACUUUUAUAAGCCUGGCCUCACAGAACAUCCAAGCUGAGAGGAGUGACGGGAGGCUUGGCUUGCUCUGAGAUACCUCCCUAUCCCUGGGGUCCCUGGGAUGACCAAAGGAGGAAUGGAGUCAGUGGAAGUGUUCACAGCUGAAGGCAAAGGCAGGGGUUUGAAAGCCCAGAAGGAAUUCUUGCCUGGGGAUGUCAUCUUUGCAGAGCCAGCCUACGCAGCCGUGGUUUUUGACAGCCUGACCCACGUCAUCUGUCACACGUGCUUCAAGAGGCAGGAGCGGCUGCACCGCUGCGGGCAGUGCAAGUUUGCCUAUUACUGCGACAGGACCUGCCAGAGAGCAGCCUGGCUCAACCACAAAAAUGAGUGCUCUGCCAUCAAGAGGCAUGGCAAGGCACCCACCGAGAACAUCAGGCUGGCUGCCCGCAUCCUGUGGAAGAUGGAGAGGGAGGGCAGCGGGCUGUCCGAGGGCUGCCUGGUGCCCAUCGACGAGCUGCAGAACCACGUCGACAGCUUUGGGGACGAGGAGAGGAAGGAGCUGCGGGCUGAUGUGGAGAGUUUCCUGGAGUUCUGGCCGCCCCACUGCCAGCAGUUCGGCAUGCAGUUCAUCUCCCACAUAUUCGGAGUGAUCAGCUGCAAUGGCUUUACCCUCAGUGACCAAAGAGGACUGCAGGCUGUUGGUGUGGGAAUCUUCCCCAACCUCUGCCAGGCCAACCAUGACUGCUGGCCCAACUGCACUGUUGUCUUCAACAAUGGCAAUCAUGAGGCUGUAAGAUCAAUGUUCCACACACAGAUGAGGAUCGAGCUGCGGGCCCUGAGCAAGAUUUCUGCGGGGGAUGAGCUGACUGUUUCCUACGUGGAUUUCCUCAGCCUGAGCGAGGAGCGGCACAAGCAGCUGAAGAAGCAAUAUUACUUCGACUGCACGUGUGAGCACUGCAAGAAACAGCUCAAGGAUGACCUGAUGCUGGCAGUGAAAACAGGGGAAAGCAAGCCCUCUGCAGACACGGUGAAGGAGGUGAUCCAGCUCUCCAAGGACACUCUGGAGAAGAUCAACAAGGCCCGCAUGGAGGGAAAUUACCACGAGGUUGUGAAGCUGUGCCGUGAGUGCCUGAAGAAACAGGAGCCUGUGCUGGGGGACACCAACAUCUACCUGCUGAGGAUCCUCAGCAUUGCCUCCGAGGUGCUCUCCUACCUGCAGAUGUUUGAGGAAGCAGCUGACUAUGCCAAGAGGAUGGUGGAUGGCUACCUGAAAAUUUACCAUCCCAACAACGCGCAGCUGGGGAUGGCCGUGAUGCGGGCAGGAGUGACUCACUGGCACGCUGGCCUCAUUGAAGCUGGCCAUGGCUUGAUCUGUAAAGCCUAUGCCAUUCUCCUGAUAACCCAUGGACCUUCCCACCCAAUCACCAAAGACCUGGAGGUGAUGCGUGUCCAGACGGAGAUGGAGCUGCGCAUGUUCCAGCAGAACGAGUUCAUGUAUUACAAGAUGAGGGAAGCUGCCCUCAAGAACCAGAAGAUCCAAGUCAUGCCUGAGCCCAGCAAUGAGAGUGCACCAAGCCUCUUCCACAAAAAGGAAUAAACCUGGAGCUUGACACCAAUUCAUGCCUGUGGCACUUCCAAACAGCAAUGAUACAGCAAUGUGAUAAAUCCACAAGGAUUGUUUCCAGUGGCACAGGUCUGACAGCAUGGACCUGCUGGGGGAGCAUCCUGAAAACUCUUCUGAGGGCUUAAAGCAGAAGGGGUCCUGGCAGAAACAACAUCCCUUUUUCUAUCACUAAGGCAUUAAAUAAUCAAAGCAAAUAACCCUGUUAUAAAAUUAUUUACAUUUUUAUUGGAAGCCUG